UCUCUGACGUCAUUUCCUGUGAAUCUCUAAUAAAGACGGGCCUGGCGGGAGCUCCGCAGGUCAAAUUUUUUGGGUUUGUUCAGUGAAUCCGGCGGGAAUCGGAGUCAUCAGAACCGCAAACAUGACGGUUGGUAAGAGCAGCAAGAUGCUGCAGCACAUCGACUUCAGGAUGAGGUGCAUCCUGCAGGACGGUCGUAUCUUCAUCGGCACCUUCAAAGCCUUCGACAAACACAUGAACCUGAUCCUGUGUGACUGCGACGAGUUCAGGAAGAUCAAGCCAAAGAACUCAAAGCAGCCGGAGCGAGAGGAGAAGAGGGUCCUGGGUUUGGUCCUGCUUCGGGGGGAGAACCUGGUUUCGAUGACAGUGGAAGGCCCACCCCCUAAAGAUACGGGUAUUGCUCGUGUCCCGUUGGCCGGCGUGGCUGGAGGCCCAGGUGUGGGCCGGGCAGCGGGCCGUGGCGUCCCUGCAGGAGCUCCGAUGCCUCAGGCUCCGGCCGGUCUUGCCGGGCCGGUCAGAGGAGUUGGUGGACCUUCACAGCAGGUGAUGACCCCGCAGGGCAGAGGAACGGUUGCUGCCGCAGCAGCAGGAGCGAGCAUCGCAGGAGCUCCCACACAGUAUCCACCUGGAAGAGGAGCCCCGCCCCCCAUGGGCAGAGGAGCCCCGCCUCCAGGUAUGAUGGGUCCGCCCCCUGGCAUGCGACCCCCCAUGGGUCCUCCGAUGGGCAUGCCUCCUGGUCGAGGAGCACCAAUGGGAAUGCCCCCUCCUGGCAUGAGGCCGCCGCCCCCUGGCAUGAGAGGACCGCCACCUCCCGGGAUGAGACCGCCUCCCCGGCCCUGAAGAAGCUCCGCCCCUUCAUACUCACCUGUUGUAUAGAUUUUGUUUUUUUUAUCUUGUUUUGUUUUUAAAUAAAGUUUCCUCAGGAUGGUUUGAUUUCA